AUGGCGGCCGGCAAGUCUAACCUCUCCUUCGUCCUGAAGAAGCCCAACGAGGUCUCCUUCGAGGAGCGCCCCGUUCCCAAGCUCCAAUCCCCCCACGAUGUCCUCGUCGCCGUCAACUACACGGGCAUCUGCGGCAGCGACGUGCACUACUGGGUUCACGGCGCGAUCGGCCACUUCGUGGUCAAGGACCCAAUGGUGCUGGGCCACGAAUCGGCCGGCACGGUCGUAGAGGUCGGCAGCGCCGUGACCUCGCUCAAGCCGGGCGACCGCGUCGCCCUGGAGCCGGGUUACCCCUGCCGCCGCUGCAACAACUGCCUCUCGGGCAAGUAUAACCUCUGCCCGGACAUGGUCUUUGCCGCCACCCCGCCCUAUGACGGCACCCUCACCGGCUUCUGGACCGCCCCUGCCGACUUCUGCUACAAGCUGCCGGACAAUGUUUCCCUGCAGGAGGGCGCGCUGAUCGAGCCUCUGGCCGUGGCCGUGCACAUCGUGCGCCAGGCGCGCGUCUCGCCCGGCCAGUCCGUCGUCGUCAUGGGCGCCGGCCCCGUCGGUCUGCUGUGCGCGGCCGUCGCCCGCGCCUUUGGCGCCAGCAAGGUCGUCUCGGUCGAUAUCGUGCAGAGCAAGCUCGACUUUGCCAAGAAGUUUGCCGCUACCCACACGUACAUGUCGCAGCGCGUAUCGGCCGAGGAGAACGCGAAGAACCUGCUUAAGGCCGCCGACCUGCCCGGCGGCGCGGACGUCGUCAUCGACGCCUCCGGCGCCGAGCCCUCGAUCCAGACCUCGCUUCACGUCGUGCGCAUGGGCGGCACCUACGUCCAGGGCGGCAUGGGCAAGGCUGAUAUCACCUUCCCCAUCAUGGCGCUGUGCCUGAAGGAGGUGACGGCUCGCGGUUCCUUCCGCUAUGGCAGCGGUGACUACAAGCUGGCGAUCGAGCUUGUCGGAUCGGGCAAGGUCGACGUUAAGCAGCUGAUCAAUGGCGUUGUGCCCUUUGAGAAGGCCGAGGAUGCCUUCAAGAAGGUACGCGAGGGCCAGGUCAUCAAGAUCCUGAUUGCUGGCCCGAACGAGAAGGUCGAGAACGGUGGGCUGGAUACCACUGUGGAUGAGAAGAAGCUGAAGGAGGCGAAGGUUAACGGGUCGACUGGGUGCUGCUGA